ACAAAUCCACUGUCUUUGCUUUCCCUUCACUGCUCACUCCCCUCUCUCUCUUGUUUCCUCCAUUGCAAACAAAGCUUCUCUCCCACUAACCAGUUCCACCAAACUUUUUUAUUUCCUCAUUAACCCAUUACCACUGUGUAAUUUAUAUAUACACACUUCCUCGUUAUAUUAAUAUAUUCUUUUGGGGUUUUUAACCAUAACUCUAAUGAGAGUUCCUUCUGGGUUAGAUGAAUCUAUCUAUCUCUGGUUAGCCCAAAAUCUCCAAUUCAUUAUUGGUACAUCUACGCCAAUUGAUUUCAGUAUCUUCCUCUGGUUCUGCUUCAGAAACAGAUAAAAAAAAAGUUGGAGCCUUUUUUAUUCUCUUUCUUUCUUUCAUCGUUCCUUCUGUUUUAAGAUGAAGAUACAACAUCUAAAGGACAAAGCUUUAUCUCUCCCCACAUUCUAAGGUGGUUAUAAGAGAAGGUUUUAGCAGCUUGAUACAGGACCAGAGAUGCCACCUGAGAAUUCUUUAAACGCUGAGAUGUCCAAGAAGAUAUCUUUUUUUGGUUUGAAGGGGUUGAAGUUGUGGGUAUGGGUUUGUUUGGUUGUUGGAGUAUUCAUAGUUAUGAUUCUCUGCAUCUUGUCUCUUUGGAUCACAUUCCGCCGGAGAUCUAAAAGAUCCUCAAGCAAGUUUCCUUUCAACCAGACACCACAUGAGUCCAAAGAUAUCAGAGUGGACAGGGCUAGGUUUCAGAAUCACAAUCCUCACGCUGAAAGUUUAUAUAUCGAAAUGAAUGAUAAAUCCACUGGAAAAACGAUGCUGUCUCACUUGGGAAGAACCAAGUCUAGUGAUAAUGAUACUUUGAGUCAAUGUAGUUCUGUGAAUCAUCAUGAGAGAGCUUGUAGUUCUCAUUCCGGUGAAGAAGGAGGCUUUGGAAGUGCUGGUAGACAGUAUGGAGGACCUGUAACAGCAUCUCCUUUGGUUGGUUUACCAGAGAUAUCACAUCUUGGUUGGGGACACUGGUUUACUCUUAGGGAUCUUGAGCUGGCUACGAACCGUUUUGCUGCAGUGAAUGUUCUUGGAGAGGGUGGUUAUGGAGUAGUUUAUAGGGGUAAACUAGUUAAUGGUACCGAAGUUGCUGUAAAGAAGCUUCUGAACAAUCUAGGGCAAGCUGAGAAGGAAUUUCGGGUAGAAGUUGAGGCUAUUGGUCAUGUACGACACAAGAAUCUUGUUAGGCUUUUAGGAUAUUGCAUAGAGGGAGUUCAUCGGAUGCUUGUUUAUGAGUAUGUGAAUAGUGGUAACUUAGAACAAUGGCUACAUGGAGCAAUGCGGCAACAUGGAAAUCUCACUUGGGAGGCACGGAUGAAGAUCAUUACUGGUACUGCACAAGCGCUUGCUUAUUUACACGAAGCAAUAGAACCAAAAGUGGUCCACAGAGAUAUAAAAGCAAGCAAUAUAUUGAUUGAUGAUGAGUUUAAUGCAAAACUCUCUGACUUUGGGUUGGCCAAGCUCUUGGACUCGGGUGAGAGUCACAUCACAACCAGAGUCAUGGGUACCUUUGGAUAUGUAGCACCAGAAUAUGCUAAUACAGGUAUGUUAAACGAAAAGAGCGAUAUAUAUAGCUUCGGUGUUUUGCUUCUUGAAGCUGUAACUGGUCGGGAUCCAGUUGAUUAUGGCCGUCCUGCUAAUGAGGUGAAUCUUGUUGAAUGGCUAAAGAUGAUGGUUGGAACAAGAAGAGCUGAAGAAGUUGUGGAUCCAAGACUUGAACCUAGACCUAGUAAAAGUGCUCUGAAACGCGCACUUUUAGUUUCCCUUAGAUGUGUUGAUCCUGAAGCAGAGAAACGUCCUAGAAUGAGUCAGGUUGCACGGAUGCUUGAAUCCGAUGAACACCCUUUUCACAAGGAGAGGAGGAACAGAAGGAGCAAAACAGCGAGCAUGGAGAUUGUUGAGACCAAAGACGAAUCUCUUGGUCCUAGAAGUUCAGAUACUCACAUUACAAAGCCUGAGAAGACUGGUGAAUAAGAAAUAGAAUGAGACAGCAGCUUCUUCAAGUCUUGAGAUGUUUCGUUUCUACUUAGCAAACUAAUUGAUUGAUGAUCACACACGUUUGAUUUGCUCUGUCUCUCUCAGAUGAUCAAAAGAGCAUGUGGAGUGAUGACUGAUGGCUGCGGCAACUUUAGGAGGCUUUUUAUCUUUUUUUUUAAAUAUUUUGGAGCUAAUUAUUCCUGUCUUGUCGGUACGGAACGUUUGUCAGUCAAAAACAUGUGUUUAAGAUUUAUGUGACGAGAGAAGGAGAGAGAGAUGUCUUUGUAAUUCUAUGGACUGAAGACGUAAGACAUAAGAAAGAGACAAAACUAAGUUCAAUUAUAACGGCUAGUGGCUUAGCUUAAAGCCAGA